CGGGCCGCCUUCCACCGCCUCCCGUCCCGUCCCGUCCCGUCCCGUCCCGGUGACGUGGGGCCCGGCCGUGUCCCACUGGCGCAGCGAUGUGGCUGGCGUUGGCGGCGCUCCUGGCGGCGGUGGGGGCUCAGUACGAGCGGUACAGCUUUCGCAGCUUCCCUCGGGACGAGCUGAUGCCGCUCGAGUCCGCCUACCGCUAUGGCCUGGACCAGUACAGCACUGAGAACUGGCCCGAGAGCGUCAACUACCUGGAGGUGAGCAUGCGGCUCUACCGCCUGCUCCGCGACAGCGAGGCCUUCUGCCACCGCAACUGCAGCGCCGCCGGGCCGCCCCCCGGCGCCGGGGGGGAGCUGGCCGAGCUGCGGCUGCUGGCCGGCGUGCUGCGGCGGGCGCAGUGCUUGCGGCGCUGCAAGCAAGGGCUGCCCGCCUUCCGCCAGGCCCAGCCCGGCCGCGACCUGCUCGAGGAGUUCCAGCGCCGAGAGCCCUACAAGUACCUGCAGUUCGCCUACUUCAAGGCUAAUAAUCUUCCAAAAGCUAUUGCAGCAGCUCAUACAUUUCUUCUGAAGCAUCCAGAUGAUGAAAUGAUGCAAAGAAAUAUGGCAUACUACAAGAGCAUGCCUGAUGCUGAGGAGCAUAUUAAAGACUUGGAGACAAAGCCUUAUGAGAAUCUCUUUGUCAGGGCUGUCAGAGCAUACAAUGGUGACAACUGGAGAACGUCAGUCUCAGAUAUGGAACUUGCUCUUCCUGAUUUCUUCAAAGCCUAUGAUGACUGUAUAGCAGCCUGUGAAGGCUCCCGAGAGAUCAUAGAUUUUAAAGACUUCUAUCUCUCUAUUGCAGAUCAUUAUAUUGAAGUCCUUGCAUGCAAAGUGCAGUGUGAGAGUAAUCUGACACCCAUUAUAGGAGGCUUUGUUGUCGAGAAAUUUGUGGCCACCAUGUACCAUUACUUACAAUUUGCAUAUUAUAAAUUGAAUGACAUGAAGAAUGCAGCCUCUUGUGCUGCUAGUUACCUUCUGUUUGACCAGAAAGAUGAAGUAAUGAAACAGAACAUGGUCUAUUAUCAGUACCACAAAGACAAAUGGGGACUUCAAGAAGAGGAUUUUCAGCCCAGAUCGGAUGCAGUUCGGUAUCACAACAUAACCACACUCCAGUUGGAAAUGUAUGAAUUCACGAAGGAACAUCUAAUGGAUGAUGAUGAGGGUGAAGUUGUGGAAUUCCUUGAUGAUCUGUUAGAAUUGGAGGAAAAUAAUGAAGCCUGAUGAGUGAAGCCACCAUGAAGUAUUUUACAAAAGUGGAGACUCACCAUUGCGUCUUACUCUUGGUUUUGGUCACUCGUAGUUCCAGAUAGAUAUACCUCAAAGCUGUUCCUGUAAGCUCGAGAAUACAUCACAAGAUCCACUCCUGAAAUAUCACUUCCAUGCUGCACUGACACUUUAGUGAGCAUGGAUUUUCACUGUGCAUUUACAGAAUUGGUGCAUAUGAGUUUUUCUCUUGAGUUUUCUUUCCUUUACAAACACAACAAAACUGACUAUUCUUAUUUUCUGGGUUAACGCUAAUAUUCCUUGUUUCAGUGCUGUUCUACUACGUUGUAGCAGAACAGAUAAAUUCCAAAGAACUUUUUUCAGAUUAUGAACCAAGGAUAAUCUAACAGUUCCUCUAGACUUUCUGAGCUUUUUAUUGUUUUAUUUAUGUAUGACUUUUUCCAUUAUGAUUAAUAAAGUGAUACUGAAUCCCAGUGCAUCUGAAAGAUGUUAAGAUAACAAAUGAGAACUUUUAAAUAGCUGAAACAAUCAACAAUGGACAACUAGUGAUCUUGUAAAGAAAAUGCUUUAAGAAUUCUAUAAGCAGUUUUUAUCUUUCUUAAAAACUAAAUUAAAUUCAAUGUGAAAGUAAGGUCACUUAGAAUUGAAUAAUAAAUAAUUCCUCCUUCCUACCA